UUGUCAACCUGGAUUUUACAUCGUAUGAAUACUUGCAUACACAGUCGUAGACUGGCUACUUAAGAGCCUGUUAGCUAGUAUAGGUCAGACCAUGAGGGUUUCUACUACAUCUUUAUAUGUUGCGCUUGUGGCGUUACUAUACACUGGACGAUCAGAUGCUGUGAGUUGUGAUGUGGCACAGCAAGAUGAAAGCUACGCCUGUGAUGAUGUAUAUAUUUUCGAUCUGGCAAAAAGCGCAAAUGAAGUAGACAGCACAGCUGUAUAUAACAAUGUGUGUUGUAAGCGGGAUGGCUGCAAGCUUGCAAUCGGGGGGGUAAUCCUUGAGGUUUUCCGCGAGUGCGCAGCGGGCAUAGGCCCACGCAGCCCGGACAAGUUUUACGUGGACGUGUAUGUGAAGAAUCUGGGUGGUCAAAUUCUCAGUAAUGCGAAUCUACUACUUAUGAAUACACUUACGGGUGAGAGUAUAGAGUUUGUGUAUGGGGGUACAACAGUAUUUGCCCUAGAUCAGGGCGGAAACUACGAAAUAAGUGUACUUGGUAUUGAAAACUACAUAAUCCAGAGCGAGGAGGGUACUAACAAGGACACCACGGCUGUCCUGACCGACGAUACGGUUGCAGACGGGGUAUAUAAACUAGUCAAUGUCAGCGUUGAUUCCGUAGUGAACUGGGUAUACGCCGCUCCACAACUAAACCGUGAAGUGGUUAUAAGAGCAGAGGAUGACUACGGCGACGUUGUAUCUGAUGCACAAGUUAAGGUCACCUUUCUGGACAACGGCACUACAGCCACGUACACAACGGCUAGCCCAGAAUGGGACGGAACAUCCGGAACGUUUAUCUUUAGCUUACCAGCCAAUUCAGAGUAUACAUUUGAGAUGACCAACAUUCCCACUGGUUUUGUAGCGACAGGUGAGUUCGGCGGAGACAAUAAUCCUGACGGCAUUACCACUCUGACUGUUAGUGAAGAUAGUACCGUGAGGUUCGUAUACUCACUCGAUACAACCUGUCAGGAAGCCUUCUUCGAUGCCGGCAGUGCCUGUCCGAGUGGCUCUGUGAACAAGGGAUGGAAGGCCUGCUAUGGUAUCGAGUGCACUGCGAGUGUGUGCUGUGGCCCAAGGACCUGUCUCACAGAGAUCGAUCCCACAAAAGGAACUAUCUGCGGGGAUCUGCGUCCAAAGGCCAACUACAGUACCAUCCCCUGUGGUACUGGCACAGGCGUGUCUUGCACUAAAGCGCUGUGUUGUACUACAGAAGCGCUUCCUCCCAAGGUGCCGCAUGUGCCUGACCAAUGCUCCAGUUCUUAUCUUAACAUCAACUUCGAGGACUUCACCGGUGUCGACGAUGACGAUCUGGACAGCAGCUACAGACCGGAGGGUGUAAGCUUUGCUCUAACCACCACCGGAUCGUUCACACCUUAUAGUCUGCGAAGUGCGCCGAGAAUAGAAGCGGAAGGCGGCAAAUUAACCAAGGCUGGGUUCUGGACGUCCUGCGCUGGUGGUGGGACGGUGUAUGAUGUCGAUACCAAGAACACGCUUGGUAAAUGGUUCUUGAAACUGGUGGGUUUGGACUCAGAUGACAUCCCAUACAUGCCAGCGUUGCUCAUUACUUACAAUACACACGGGUCUACCCAGGCCGCCGGAAUGUUGUACGAUAUCGAUGGUUCGAACUCGAAGAAGGAACAGUACAUGAUCAGUAUAUACGACAAGGAUAGGAAUUUCUUGGGCUCAGAUUUCUCUAUCAGAGGGGAUACAUCCGUAUGUAGCAAAAAUGCAUACGAAGGUACCUACUGGCAGUUUAUUGUCAACUCGCCCAACAACGUUCCUAUCAAAUAUUUGCGCAUUGACUACAUCGGAAGCGGUUUGCCGACCAGCAUCGGAAUGGGUUUUGAUAACUUCAGGGCGUUUGGAUGCACUAAGGACGGUCGUGUACUCAACGCUUUCACCACAGGCAAUUAGUCUGCUUUAGUCACAUUCAUAUCAUGUCAGCAUAAAUUCUCAUUCAAUGGCAGACCUAACCAAUGAAUUCAUUAG